ACCCUUCCGGCUCUGCCGGCUGCCUCCUGCUGCUCCCGUGGGGCCGUGCCCCGCACCCCGCAGAGCUCCCGGGAUGGGGCUCUUCAGCAGGAAGCGUCACCGUCGCUACAGGGCUGUGCCCCGUUACAAUCCUGUGUGGCCCCGUGGUGAUGCUGCAAGCACAAGCGGCCCUGAUCUUGAGGAGAAAGAUCUGAACAAGCUGCACCACGCUGCCGCCCACGGUCACCUGUCCUGGCUGAGGUUCUGGCACUCGUGGCUCAAGAUCUGGGGCAUGGACUGCCGUGACAGGGAGAAUCGGACACCUCUCCAUCUGGCGUGUGCCAACGGCCACACAGAGGUUGCCAGAUUCCUUGUAAAGCACGGCAGCCAGUUGGAUGCUGUUGAUAAUUUUGGGAGAACACCCCUGAUGAAGGCAGUACAGCUCAGAGAACAAGACUGUGUGACUUUUCUGCUAGAGCAGGGUGCUGACCCAAAUCUUGCAGACAUCGAUGGCAACACUGCCCUCCAGUUGGCCAUCCUGGCUCGUAGUAAAAACCUCGUGGGGCAGUUAAUCAAGCAUGGUGCCAAACUGGAUGCCAAGAAUAAGAAGGGCAGUACCCCACUAACUCUUGCUAUCACUGAAGAACACAAGGAGAUAUUAGAAGAUCUCCUGAAAGCAGGAGCUGAUGUGCAUGCUCGAGAUGAGCAUGAAAGAACCCCACUGAUGAUUGCUGCUUCUGUUGGGGAGAUGUAUUUGGUCAAAGUUCUCCUUUCUCACGGAGCCAAUUUUUCCCAUGAAGACAAAGAUGGGAGGAUAGCUGUGGAUUAUGCUGAUCUCCAUGGCCAUUUACGGUAA